AUGUCUCACCAUUCGUUCCAAGCAUGGAUUGCGGUGCUGGUUGCCACGCUGGGCUUCGGGUCACUUUAUGUUCCCGUCAAGAACUACGAGAUCCAUGACGGACUGGUCUAUCAGUGGUUUCAGUGCUGUGGAAUAUUGUUAGCAGGUCUGAUUUAUGCAUGUUGCCGAAACGACUGGGACGCGGUUGGUCGCAGUUCUCCAGGCUUCUACGUUUGCAGAGAGGGCCUGCUCUCGGGUCUGUUUUUUCAGCUCGCGAAUGUCCUGGCCACGCAGUCUGUGAAGUCUUUCGGCAUGAGCAACUACUUCACUACGCAGAAGGUGACCAACCUGGGUGGGGCGCUCUUCCUCGGCUUGUACGGCAGCCAGCUUGGCCUUCCCUCGGUGCCACCACGGAGUCCCGCGAUGGCCAUCGCAGGAAGUGUGUGCGUGGUGGUUGCCAUGGUCCCGUUGGCAUUCACAAAGCUCGAGGGCAAAGAACCUCCACCGUCAACUGCGUCAGCAUCGCCAGCGCUACCAGACAGGAGGCCUCACCUGAUACCACCUCACCAUGGUGACAUGGGAGGUUACAUCAUGCUGGAGGACGAUCCCCAGGACCCCGCUGACAACUUGACCGUGACGACGUUGUCCGCAGGAGAUGCUGGGACACCGAGGCAUGCUGGGCGUUCCAGCUGGUUUGUUGGUCUGGCCUGGUCACUGCUCGCAGGACUUGCCUUUGCUGCUAUAUAUGUGCCGAUUCUGCCCUGGCGCCACCGAAUGAAGGAGCAACGUGUCGUGUUUUCGCCCUUUGACUAUUUCCUUUCCAUUAGCGUCGGCCUUUUCAUGGCCUCGACUGCCUACAUGUUUGCUGGCGGAGCGUUUCGCAAAUUGCAGGGCAAGAAGAUGAAGAAGUCUGUCCUGCGGCCUGCGUUGCUUAAUGGGAUGAUGUGGUCUGCUGCCAGCAUGGCCCAACUGUACGCUCUUGCAGAAAUGCCAUAUGCCGUGGCAUAUUGCCUUGUUUGUGGCGGAGAGGUGGCUGUGAGCCUUCUUUGGGGCAUCUGCGUUUUCAAAGAGGCAACCACGGCACACAACCUCAGAUGCACUCUCGUGGCAUUUUGUGGCGUUGUGUUGGGUGUCGUUUUGGUGGCCUUCUCGAAGUAA